AUGUCGGGCGAUGGCUCCAUCAUAAAAGCCGACAGAGACUACACCAAGGAAGUCGAUGCUGCCAUCCCAGAGGCUGAGAAGAUCGCACAAAAUGGACAAACACAGCAGGCAGUCGACAAGCUGCUCAGUCUCGAGAAGCAGACACGACAAUCAUCCGAUCUCCCAUCCACAUCGCGCCUCCUCGUAGCAAUCGUCACGAUAUCGAAGCAGUCUGGCGACUGGUCACUACUGAAUGAGCAGGUGCAGCUGCUCAGCAAGAAGCAUGGACAGCUCAAGCAGGCCAUCACCAAGAUGGUCCAGGUUGUCAUGGGCUUCUUGGACGACACACCGAGCUUGAACAGCAAGCUGAGCGUCAUCGAGACUUUGCGGACUGUGACUGAGGGCAAGAUCUUCGUCGAAGUCGAGCGAGCACGUGUCACACGAACACUAUCCAACAUCAAGCACCAGCAAAAGGACAUCACGGCUGCGAAGGACAUCCUCUGCGAGCUGCAGGUCGAGACUUUCGGGUCGAUGAGCAGGAGGGAGAAGACUGAGUUCAUCCUAGAUCAGGUAUCGCUCUGCAUUGAGGAUGGCGACUGGACACAGGCCGGCAUCUUAUCACGAAAGAUCAGCACACGAUAUUUCUCGCGCAAGCCAAAGAAGACAGCGGAGGAGCUCGAGAAGGCACGAAAGGAGAAGGAAGAGCGGGAGCGCAUGCGAUCAGAUGGCACAAUAGGCGAGGAAGAGCCAGAGGACGAUGACCCGACGGAUCUCAAGCUGCGAUACUACGAGCAGCAAAUCACACUCGCCAAGCACGACGACAAGUAUCUUGAGGCUUGCAAGCACUACCGGCAGGUGCUCGACACGGAGGCUGUGGAAGAGGACGCGACCAAGCUGAGUGCGGCUUUGGCUCGCGUCAUCUACUUCGUCCUUUUGGCACCUUACGACAACGAGCAGUCCGAUCUUCUCCAUCGCAUUGCACAGGACAGUCGCAUCAGCACGCAUACUCCAAGAGAGGGCCAGCUGUUGAAGCUCUUCACAGUGCCAGAGCUCAUGCGAUGGCCUUCCGUCGAGUCGAAUUACGGCGAGCAUCUCACCGCAACGGACAUUUUCGACCUCAAGGAGAACAAGAAGGACCCCAAGGCACACCAGCGGUGGUUGGACUUCCGCAAGCGCGUUAUCGAGCACAACGUUCGUGUCAUCGCGAAGUACUACACCCGCGUGCACUUCUCGCGCCUCACACAGCUUCUGGAUCUGUCGGAAUCGGAGACUGAGAAGUACAUCUCGGAUCUUGUCACCAGCAAGACCAUAUACGCCCGCAUCGAUCGACCGGCCCAGAUCGUCACUUUUGAGAAGAAGCGUGACGCCGAUGAAGUUCUGAACGAGUGGAGCAGCAACAUGAAGCAGUUGCUGGGGUUGCUCGAGCGUAUCGACCAUUUGAUCACGAAGGAGGAAAUGAUGGCUCGCAUUCAGCCCGUGGCUGAGAAGCAGUCGAGCAAGGCUACUGCUAAGGCUUAG